CUGCGCGACUGUGAACAUCGUCUUCAUCGAAUUGUUAUCCGUGAUGGAGAUAUUUAAGUUCAUAAAAGUGCUUUCAUUACUGUGUGCACUGUUGGGAGUAGCGAACAGUGUUGAUCGCGUAAAGGUCAUCGUGAGCACCGACGCAGGGGCAGAUGACGCAUGGGCCCUCUUUUAUCUGCUUGCGGCUGAAACUGAAGUGGAAAUAAUGGCAAUCUGCUGUGCAAAAGGCAAUACAAACGCCACGAAUGUAGCCAACAACGUACUUCGAGUGCUAGAUGCUUUGAACCGUUCCGAUGUGCCGGUGUACAUUUGUUCGAACGAGAGAAUGUUGCUACCGGACCCGGAAAAUAAGAAUCCCAGUGAAAUGUACUAUGGAGCAGACGGCUUUUCGGAUGUAAAGUUCGACUGGGAACCAUCUCGGGCUCCGUUGCAAAAGGACAAGCAUGCCUUAUACGAGCUUCAGAAGGUGAUUGAACAGUAUCCCAACGAAAUAACAUUCGUUAACUUGGGGCCGCUGACUGAUUUGGCGCUGCUGCUGAAAGUUUAUCCUUCCACGCGUACUCUGCUCAAAGCCGUCUACCUGAUGGGUGGCAAUCGUCACGGCGUUGGUAACACCGAAAGUGCGGCUGAAUUUAACUUUUACGCCGAUCCAGAGGCGGCCAGUAUUGUCUUCAACGCGUUCCAAGGACCGUUUACUGUGCUUCCCUGGGAAACAGCUUUGCUUCCAAAUCUCCAGACCAGUUUCGAGUGGCGUAUGGACGAACUAGGCAACAGCAAUAGUACCAUUUUCAGCGUUCUAAACCCAGUAGAUCGGGUGGCGUUAGAAAAGCUAGACGAGAAGGAUCGACUUUGGAUGACAUGCGAUCUACUGGUUGCGAUGAUUUUGGUACAUCCGCAUUUAAUAGUAGAAAGUAAACGCUACAGCGGAGACGUUGAACUAAAUGGCCGCCUGACGCGAGGCCAACUGGUUCUUAACCAUAUGAACGAAGGUGUCGGUAAUAUCACCAUCAUUGAUAACAUAGACGACACGAAGAUGAAGGCUUAUUUAUUAAAGUUACGGUAAACAUUGGCUCCUCAUAAAUGCAUAAAUAACUUUUUCCU